GUGACGGACAAACAGUGCUACCCAUAGAGUGAACAAAAGUCAUUUGGGAAGCAAAAGGAGAAAUUUCCAGGGCCAGACUUAUUCAGAGAGGGAGGGAUAGAUAAAGCUACGCGAGCCUGGCUGGGGUACAGGGCAAAGAAUAGAGGCAGAAGUGUCUGAAAACAGCUAUCUAAGGACGAGGCGAAUUGUUAGAGGAAGGGACAGGAGAGAUAGCAGAGCUAUUUCAAGAGUGACCAACAGAGGGAACGUAAGGAUCCACGGCCUGUCUGAAGUAAACGAGGAAGGGUCCAGAGGCAGUGAGGCAAGGCCAGGAGCAGGGCCCGGGCCAGGGCAGGCACGAUCGCUGAGGGGAUGAACUUCACGGUGGGCUUCAAGCCGCUGCUAGGGGAUGCACACAGCAUGGACAACCUGGAGAAGCAGCUCAUCUGCCCCAUCUGCCUGGAGAUGUUCUCCAAACCGGUGGUGAUCCUGCCCUGCCAGCACAACCUGUGCCGCAAGUGCGCCAACGACAUCUUCCAGGCCUCAAACCCUCUGUGGCAAUCUCGGGGCUCCACCACUGUGUCUUCAGGAGGCCGUUUCCGCUGCCCAUCUUGCAGGCAUGAGGUUGUCCUGGACCGACAUGGAGUCUACGGCCUGCAGCGAAACCUGCUAGUGGAGAACAUUAUUGACAUUUACAAGCAAGAAUCUUCCCGGCCAUUGCACUCCAAAGCCGAGCAGCACCUCAUGUGCGAGGAGCAUGAAGAGGAGAAGAUCAACAUCUACUGCCUAAGCUGUGAAGUGCCCACCUGCUCUCUCUGCAAGGUCUUUGGUGCCCACAAGGACUGUGAGGUGGCCCCACUGCCCGCCAUUUAUAAACGCCAGAAGAGUGAGCUCAGUGAUGGCAUCGCAAUGCUGGUAGCAGGCAAUGACCGUGUACAAGCAGUGAUCACACAGAUGGAGGAGGUGUGCCAGACCAUUGAGGACAACAGCCGGAGGCAGAAGCAGCUGCUAAACCAGAAGUUUGAGGCCUUGUGCGCGGUGCUGGAAGAGCGUAAGCGUGAGCUGCUGCAGGCACUGGCCCGGGAGCAGGAGGAGAAGCUGCAGCGUGUCAGGGGCCUCAUCCGCCAGUAUGGAGACCACCUGGAGGCCUCCUCUAAGCUUGUGGAGUCGGCCAUACAGUCCAUGGAAGAGCCGCAGAUGGCCCUCUACCUCCAGCAGGCCAAGGAGCUGAUCAAUAAGGUCGGGACAAUGUCGAAAGUGGAAUUGGCGGGACGGCCAGAACCAGGCUAUGAGAGUAUGGAGCAGUUUGCCGUGAGUGUGGAGCACGUGGCCGACAUGCUGAGGACCAUCAACUUCCAGUCGGGCGCCGCCGGGGAGGAAGAGGAUGAGGAGGUAGCACUGGACGGGGAGGAGGGCAGCACAGGGCCAGCAGAAGAGCGGACGGACGGACCCGAAGGCACGGGCCUGCACUGACGCCCCCUGUUGGGGAGCCCGCACCCCUGGGAUUGGCUCUCGGGGGCAAAGGAUCUGCGCAGAGACCAUCGCGCCGUCCAGCUCGGCGCCCCGCCGCAGGGGAGACUGGGGCUCAAUAAAGGGCUACUGCGUCUCGA